UUCACGUUUGUUCUACUUCAACUUCUGCCUCAGCUCACCCUCAGUGCUCAUUGUCCCAAUGGGUGCGUUUGUGACAUUAGGGGUUCUGCAAAAUGCAUUGGGGACAUCACUGACAUACCCCCUCUCGACCCAACAACAACCUUCCUACUCCUGCUAAAUGACACAAACAUAAAGGUCCUCAAAGACAGAAGUUUCCAGCCGUUCUCUCUUCUGAUACGACUGAUGAUCACGCACAACACUCUUGACAACAUCCAACCAGAAGCCUUCCAUGGUGCUCCACAGCUUCGGUCCAUCAAACUGUCAUCAAACGCACUCUCUGUCCUCCCACCCAAGGUGUUUAGUGAGCAGAGCAAUUUGGAGCAGCUGCAGCUAGAUGGUAACCAAAUAGCUUCCAUUAGUUCAGAACUCUUUGAGGCGAUGGUCAACCUAACUGAACUAAAUCUGAGCAAGAACCGCCUUUCCCAACUGGACGCUCACGUCUUCCAGAGUUUGACCAAGCUGAAUUACCUAAACUUAGCUGAUAACCAACUGAGGAACCUCCCGAAGACCCUUUUCCACAACCUCCGGCAACUCAAAUCUCUGGUGAUCUCGUCCAACCAAUUGGAGACACUUGAAAGUGGUUCCUUUGACCAUUUAAGCAACCUGUUGUUUGAGAGUAUGUGGUUCACGUUUGUUCUACUUCAACUUCUGCCUCAGCUCACCCUCAGUGCUCAUUGUCCCAAUGGGUGCGUUUGUGACAUUAGGGGUUCUGCAAAAUGCAUUGGGGACAUCACUGACAUACCCCCUCUCGACCCAACAACAACCUUCCUACUCCUGCUAAAUGACACAAACAUAAAGGUCCUCAAAGACAGAAGUUUCCAGCCGUUCUCUCUUCUGAUACGACUGAUGAUCACGCACAACACUCUUGACAACAUCCAACCAGAAGCCUUCCAUGGUGCUCCACAGCUUCGGUCCAUCAAACUGUCAUCAAACGCACUCUCUGUCCUCCCACCCAAGGUGUUUAGUGAGCAGAGCAAUUUGGAGCAGCUGCAGCUAGAUGGUAACCAAAUAGCUUCCAUUAGUUCAGAACUCUUUGAGGCGAUGGUCAACCUAACUGAACUAAAUCUGAGCAAGAACCGCCUUUCCCAACUGGACGCUCACGUCUUCCAGAGUUUGACCAAGCUGAAUUACCUAAACUUAGCUGAUAACCAACUGAGGAACCUCCCAAAGACCCUUUUCCACAACCUCCGGCAACUCAAAUCUCUGGUGAUCUCGUCCAACCAAUUGGAGACACUUGAAAGUGGUUCCUUUGACCAUUUAAGCAACCUGUUGGUGCUAAUGCUACAGAAGAACCAGAUCCGAGAGAUUCCUCCAUGUCUUUUCUGGCACUUGCCGUCCCUGCUCACCCUCUCAAUGUCGGCCAACCAACUCCGGUAUAUUCCAUCCGAGAGCUUCUACUACUUGCCCAACCUGACCAAGCUCACCCUCUACAAGAACCCCUUGAUAUCCCUACCUUACCAGCUAAUGGGACACAUGCCAAGGCUCCAAGAAUUGUACCUUUACGAAACCAAUCUAUCCACUCUCCCAUGGAACCUUUUUGCUAACAUGACCAACCUACGAGCUCUCAAUUUAUACUUCAACAACAAGUUGACCUCCCUGCCAAAGAGCCUCUUCUGUUGCCUGCCCAACCUGAAGAAACUGUCCCUGAAGAACAACAACCUUCGGGAACUGGACCCGGAGCUUUUCUCAAAAUUAAUUAGUCUUAAAAUUCUGAUGCUUAAUGAGAACAAGCUUGAGUCUCUCCCAUCGGCAAUCUUUCGCAACACCUUAAGACUAGAAAUACUAGACCUGAACCACAACUAUCUGAUGUAUCUCCCGGGAGAUGUUUUUGUACACGCAAGGGUGCUAAAGGACCUCUCUCUUAGUGGCAACAAGUGGAAUUGCGAUUGUAGCAUUAUGGACAACGUUUAUUGGUACAAAUGCCAUUACCACUCCAGUGACACCAAACCCACAUUAGUCUACGACUUCAAGCACAACAGCAAGAAAUACUGCGACUGCAACUACAAGUACUUUUAUAACAGCCACCUCUCUACUUUCUCCUACACCUGA